UGCACACUGUUUUCUGGUGAAUGCAUUCCUUUACACGUGAACAGCCCUUAUCUGACAUCUGAAAGUUGAUCUCCCGUCGCGGCCAGCAGUCUAUGUGGUGACCGGCUUCAGUUGACGAGAAAGGAACAGCUGACGAAAGUUGGAGUGCUGCUAGCGAAGGAUACGUGUAACCAUGGAACUUCUGACCGUAGUAGAGGUUGUAACUCAAAUAGUUACAUAUCUUAUGUUUGCAAGUGGGAUACCACCUUGCCUUCAUAUGUACAGAACCAAAAGUACCAAGAAUGUGCCUUUCACAUUUUUUGCCAUUGGAUUACUGAAUGCUUUGGCAGGUUUGCUGUAUGGUUACUUAGCAAACCUUCAGCCACUGGUAUACGUAAAUUCUAUAGGUUUGACCUUCAACUGUAUCUAUAUUCUGACAUAUCUAGUCGUCUGUCAGUCAAAGGGCACUGCUGUAGUACAGCUGAUAUCAUUGUGUAGUCCCCUGGGGCUAUACUACAAGUACAUUACCUCCCAAGGAAGCAGUGAGGAAGUCAUACUAAACCAACUUGGAGCUUUCAUGUUUCUUGUGACUGUUUGCCUUAUGAUGUCAACCUUCUUGGAAAUAAUCCAGUGUGUGCAGGAGAGGAGUACAGAUGGACUGUCCAGAUCAUUGCUGCUAGGUGGUCUGUCCUGUAGUGUUUGCUGGCUCAUAUAUGGACUCAUGCUUGAAGAUUUCUACAUCUAUGCACCAAAUGUGAUUGGUAUUAUUUCUGGUGUUUGGAAAGUUUUCCUCAUAUUUACAUAUGCAGGAAAGUCUCAGAAGAAAGAUUGAUCUAAAAGAUGUGUGGAGAGCCUAGACAGGCAGUUCUUCUUAUUUUUGUAUACCAAAUAUAUCACAUUAGAUUGUACACCCAGAGUAAAAUGAUUUACACAAUAUACCUUAGUAAUUAUAUGUUUAUUGCCUACGCGAAGUCAUACUUCAAUCCAGGACCACAUUGAAGAAUUGCUAUUGAAGUAUGUGAUAUUUACCUCUUGUAUCCAACAAAGGGUAUGGCCUACUUAUUAUAUAUUUACAUGAUGACAAUGAAUAGCUCAAUAAAGACUGAUCAACGGUAAAUGUUGUUAUCAAACCCAGGAACACUACGUGUCUUUUUGUGUGAAGAUGCUUUACAUAUGUUAGUCUGUAUAUCAGGAAACUAAAAAAUGUAUUGUAGUCAUUAUUAACUCACCGGACUCGAAGGGCCAAGUGAGCUUAUGCUGUUGCAUGUCAUCUGUUUGAAUGUCCGCUUGUCCAUCAGCCCGUCAGUAAGGUGUCAACUUUUCCAUUUAAAGGACCUCUUUUGAAUAGCCAGCAGACCAGAUGUGGGUUGUAGGGAUGGAGCCCAACAGAAUUUGGAAUAAAGUCUAACAAUAUGUGCCAAAAUAAUUUUAGAAAAGACCUUGAAAAGAAAUGACCUUAUAACCCAUGUUGAAGGUCAUAGGGUUCAAAGUUGUUCAGCCCUGUAAAAGACUUCUUCUGGUAAACCAAAGUCUGAUAAGAAGGAUAUUUGAUAGAAAGGUAUGUCUUGGUCAAACCCCAACAUAUUUCAGGAAAAAAAAGAAAGGGUAUUUUCCUAUAAUCCAGGUCAUCUGUCAUUGUUUAGAGUAUAAAAAGCUGUUUGUUGUGGAAAUUGGUUAAAAUUGAUUGGAUGUGCUUGCUUUGAAUGCCAAUGGUGUACAUGUUAAUAUAUUUGUGAUAUAAGCACAGAUUCUAUUUUUGAUAUACAAUGAAUACCAGGUGAGCGUUGAAGGCCCAUUUGGCCUGUUGUAUUAUAUAGUUAUCACUUACAUCCUCAUGUGGUCAAAGAAAGUUGAUGCAAUUUUGUCAAAGUAUUUCUGACCUGUCACCAAUGUAUUGUUAACAUGACAUCAGGUUAUUAUAAAACUUAAAUUUUUCUGGUACUCCAUUAAAAGUGAAAUAUUUGUAACUGAUAGUGAUCAUGCUGGUAUGUUUUACUACUAGCUCAUUUUUUAAGUAUGGUUUACUGUAAUGAUU